GCCGCGGCGGCCGCGGUCGCGGGAUGGCGGCGCGCGGCCCCCUGCAGCUCGCGAUGCAGGCGCGCGUGGAGCAGAAGCAGAGGGCGCUGGCCUCCGAGCUGCAGGGGGCGCGGGAUGAGCUCCGGGCCGCGCGCGGGGAGCUGCGGCUCCGCGACGACGACCUCGCGGCCGCGCGGGCCGAGCUGGAGCGGCGCGGGGGCGAGCUGCAGGCCGCCGCGGCAGCGGCGGCCGCCCAGGGGGCCGCCCAGGCGCGCCUGCGCGAGGAGCUGCGGGAGAGGGAGGUGGCGCUGAGCGAGGCCCAGGGGCUGCGGACGCGGCUGCAGGCGGCGCUCUUCGACGCCGAGCGCGCCCACGAGGAGAGCGGGGCCCUGCGGGGGCAGCUGGAGCGCCUGGGCCGGGAGCGGGACGCGGCCCGGGAGGAGCACGGCGCGGCGCUCCAGGCUCGGGAGCUGGAGCUGGCGCGGCUCCGCGAGGAGCUGCAGGGCCAGCGUGGUGCUGGGCCGGAGCUGGAGCGGCUGCGCGCAGAGCUGGAGCUGAAGGUGCUGCGCCUGGGGCCCGUGGAGGCGGAGCGGGGCGCGAAGGCAGCCCUGGAGUGUGCAGCGCCGGCGCUCGAGGAGGACGUGGCGGAGGAGGCGAAGCCCGCGGCGCUGCCGAAGAGCAAGAGGACGACAUCCAGAGGCGCAGGCCGGCGGUACAACCCGCUCACGGCGUGGAAGAGCAGCGCCCCCUGCGGCGGGAGCCGGGCCACGAGCGCGAGCGCCAAGCUGCGGCGGAGGAGUAAGCGCGGCCGCAAGGGCAAGGCCGGCGCAGACGCUGAGGACGAGGGCGAGGGGGCCGACGCCCUCUCGCGCUGCUCGGGUGGAGGGUGGGCUGCUGCCGAGGGCGGUGGCGCCGCAGAAGACGGCGCCGCCGAGCUGGAGAGCCUGGCUGGUGGCGCUGCCGCGAACAGCGCCGUGGCCCUCGCGGGUCCUGUGGUGGCGUCGCCGCAGGGGCCGCCGUCCCCUGCACCCAUCCUGCCUCCCGCCAUUUAGGUGGAGACCCUCCAGGCCGCGGCUUUGCCCGAGAGGAUCUCUGCUCCUUGCACGCCCUCGCUCUCCUGCUUUGCACGCCCCUAUCUCUGAGUCUGUCCCCCCUCGUGCGCUGGCGGUUGCCACCCGUCAAGUGGGAGGCUGGCCCGGGAAUCGUGCCAGCCUUGCACGCAAAGCAGCCCUCGGGGUCGAACGAGAGAUGCCCUUAGAACUCGGGACGUGCACAGAGGAAAGAAGCCUUCUAUCCAGCUGCCUGCGGCAAGUCCCGCCUCCGUGCCAGCCCAGCACUCUGGUUGGCGACUGUUCGAGAAGCGCACGGGAAGCC